AGAACGAAAAUAAAAAUAUAAUUCCAAAUAAUAGUAAAAUUAUAUUAUUUAAUUCCAUAUUAUUAAUUUGUAUUAUAUAUGAAAAUACAAAAUGGUAAGUCUAUCGAGAUAGGGACAAACAUUUUGGAAGCUUAUCAUAGAGUCAUAGCAGAAAAAGACAACAAGCUCAACUCACAUGUUGAACAACAAGCUCAACUCACAUGUCCAGGAGAGAAUGGUCAUCUAUCACUCUCUCUUCUUCGUUUCUCUUCUUCUUCGUCGUUUCUUCUUGUCUCAUCUGAUUUAUUUUGCCUAAAUCUACUCCAUCUCGUCCCUUCUUGGUUCAUUUUCUUCGUGCUUUGUGGUGUCUCUGGUAUCAGUGUCUUGUUUGUCUGGGAUUUUUUUAAGUGUUUUUUGUCCUGAGUUCUUUCUCCUAGUUCAUGUUCCCCUUGGGUGCUUACUGGUGGGUGUGUGUUUUUGUUUUGUCUCUCUUCUAGUUUCGCCUGAGUUUCUUGGUUGGUGGGGUUGGGUUGUAUCUCUUCUUGUUUGGUUCUCUCUCGUCUUGUUGUGGGGUUGGAUGUUUGGGUGCAUUUAUGGAGGUUGUUAAGGCUGACAAUAGGGGAAAAUGCUUGUCAUUUAAUGAAGCUACUGUAGAGUUGGCCACAUGUGCCUCUUCUGUUCAUGCAUUAACUUCCUUAUGUCUGUUUGGGAAAGUCGUUGCUCCAAGGUUUGUGGGGGAAGCUGUUGUUAAAGAGCUUGUGACCUAAGUUUGGCAUAAACCUGCUUCUGUGACUGUACUAUUGGAUGAAUCCAAUACCCACACUUGUAUUAAGUUUGGUUUUGAGAAUGUGGAGGAUAGGAGAUGGGUCUUAGAUAACGGCUCAUGGUGUGUAAAAGGAUAUAACUUGGAUUCUCCAGGAUUGGGUUCAAAGUUUGUCGGGUGCUAGUUGUGGAGUAAUACCCUUUUGGGUUCAGUUACAUCAUCUUCCUCAUGAGUUUUUCUCGGUUGCAAAUGGUACGGAGCUUGGUGCUCGUGCUAGUUCAGUGGUGAAGGUUUGAGUUGGAUGAAGAUAACCCAACCAGCUGGUCGAACUGGUUUAGAGUCUUAAUUGAUGUUGAUAUUGACAAGCCUCUUUUUAGGAUGCUUCAUCAAUGCCUUGAUUGGUGCUAAAAAUGGAUACAAUUUAAAUAUGAGAACCUUGGGGUAUUUUACUUUUAUUAUGGUCGGUUAAGACAUCAACGGAAGGGUUGUUCCUUGACUUUUCCUGACUUGGUGAUGAAUACAGAUGGUGUUCCUUUUCCGUUAUUUGGCCCUUGGCUGGUUUCGACAUCGACUUACAAGGAUUGCUUCUCUGGGAAUUCUAAACAGGUUGACCAUGGCCUUACUUGUCGGGUUCUACGCUUGUCUUCUCCGACCAAGGUGCAAGCAAAGGUUGUUUCUCUUUGUGAGAAAUCCUUAGGUCACAGUCAGGCAGGCGAUACUUCGGGUAAAGGCCUGUUUUCAAGAAGACCAAAGAUGGUGACUGGAGGUCCUCGAGCAAUGGGAGGGAAACACUACAAGGCCAUUUGGAUCCCCAAAAUUUUUGAAGCCACACCUAGGGUUGGGGAUGCCAUUUCGGUUAAUGUGUCCAGUAAACGUUUUGAUGUGCAUGGAAAGGGUAUUGCUCACGUACCUGCUUUGGAUGGUGACAAUUUGAAUUUGGGAGGGUGUAGUCGUGUCUCCGGUGAGGGGCCUGAGGAGGAGGUUCGUUCUAAAUUGGGUGGGCCCGAGGAAGAAGAUGGUAUUGCUUUAGUUAAUGGGCCUAGGGCUUCGGGUUGUGUUGGUGGUGGGUCAGGUCCAUUAAUGUUGAAGGUUGGGAGAGUUGGGCCGGCGGGUGUGUUUUUGACUAAUUCUGGUGGGUCUGAGGGAUGUGAUCCAAAACUUAGUUUUGGUGGGUGUCGUGGACAGAAGCAUUUAACUGUUUGUGGUUGUGUUGGGCCUAAUUAGAGGGGCCAUGCUGUUGGCUCCAACGUUAGCUCAACUUUGGGAAAAAAUAAUAAUAACUGUCUUGAUGAUGAGAGUAGAGCUUUAGCCAAAAAAAAUUAAGCUCAAGAGGCAUUUAUUCAGAAACUUAAAAUUUUUGGUGAGUUUGAUCUCUCUGAAAUUCGUAAGUUAUGAGGUGAUAUUGGCGCCCAACCUGUCUCUAAGAAAAAUGAAAGAACUACCCCUUUCAAGAAAAGGAAGCUUGUUGAUGGCUUGACGUCUGCAUGCUAUAGACUUGUGAAAAUGAUGCGCCAACAUCCUGGUGUCGUGCGUGACUUUCCUUGGGACAUUGUCGGGCAAAACCAUGAUGACGAGGUGACUAGCCAGUCAACUAAUGAUUUGUUUGGGCUGAGCUGGGGUUUUAGAUUACUGGCAAAAAGGCGCUCUCUUGAUAAAAAUGGUGGCAAUUUGGUGUUGCUUGAAGACUUUGGUUCUCGUGUGUCGGAUCACUCUACCCCUGUGAAGGAGGAUGGUGUACCUCCUCCACAGGAGCCAUGAGAGUCGUGGCUUAGAACUGUAGAGGGUUGGGGCAGACCUCUACGGUUCAUGAACUUAAGACCUCGUUGGUGAGUCAGAGGCAUUUUAGUAAUUUUAACCCGAGAAUGAUAAAAUUGAGAAAUUUAUAUUAUGAUGUGCUAUUGAACUAUAUUAUUAUAUAUUAUGCCUGUUUAGUUCUUUUUCAGGUGUGUUCCGACAAGUUGGCGCGGUAUAGUCACAACUGGGUAUUUUGGGUUGAACCGGGUUAGGGCCGAAAUACAGUUUUGGAUAGUUUAAUGGCAUUUUAUUUAUGUAUGAUUAAUCUGAAAUUUAUUUGAGCAUAUUUUUGUGUGUGGAAAUGAUAUAAUUUCCCUUGAAUGCUCAUAUGUAUGUUAUAUGGCCCUAGGGACAUUAUAGUAAUUUGGCCUAUUUGUAUCAUUUGUAGUAAAAUAGAAUUAUUUGCAAAAUAAGGGAUUAAUUUUUUGGUUUGCUCUACCCAAACCGACCCCUCUCUUUCUCUCUAAACCUAUCUCUAAAUUUGUGAUUUUGCUUGAGAGUUGCUUGGAUUCAAGCUUGGAUUUGAGAAGGUGUUGGAGCUUGAUUUUGUUGAAAGUUUGAGGUAGCUUUUACAGCCUUAAUUUUAAAUUGUUAUUGCUGAAAUUGAAGUUGAAUGUUAUGAUUUUAAGCUUUAGAUGUUCUUGAUAUGCAUGUAUGUUGAUAUUGGUUUAAUCUUGAUACCUUAUGCUUGAUUGAGUUAGAAAAUUGAUGUAGGAUGCUUAUGUAGUGUUUUGAGAUGAUUUUAGGGAUUUUAUUAUGUUUUUAAUUGAUUAUACAACUGUGAAUUUUGCUGUUAUUGUGAGCUGAGAAUUUUGGCGAAGUAUUUAAGCUCUUGAAGUUGGGUUCUUGCUGAAUUUCGCUUUAGUUUGAAGCCUACGUUGUAUGUUGUUUAAAUAUGAACUUUGAGAGUUUAUAUUGUUGGAUUUUAUGCAUGAAUUUGUGUUUUAACUCUCUGUGUUGAUGAGUUAUAAUUAUAGAGUAUGAUUUUGAGUUUUGAUUAUGGUUUGGGUUGAAUUGAGUGUGAUUUGGCCAUGUUUUUCGAAGCUGGUUUUAAGGUUUUCUGGGUUUGGAACCCAGGAGCCGCGGCCCAACUCCUUGGGCGCCGCGGCCCGCCUCUUGUUUGUGGCCUAAGAAUCAAACCCAGAUGUCACGACCCCAUGUGGGGGUGCCGCGGCCCGCCCCCUUGUGUUUGGGUAAAUUCGAACGCGAUAUUCGAAUAUUCAUAACUUUAUGAUCCGGACUCUGUUUUGGGAGUUCUAUAUAUCAUUGGAAAGCUCGUUCUGAGCUCUAUGUGAAUAUCUUUGAUUUGAAUGCCAUUCUUAUAUUUUGUGAAAGUGGAAUUAGGGAUUAACCCUAUACUUGCAAAUCCCAAAAUUUGUGACUAGGAUUACCGGCACUUGUUCAGGAGCACCCGAGGAUUUGGAAUCUCCACGUUUGCGGGACAUCAAGUAUGACAGUAGCUAGCACGUAGAGUUAUUCGCGGUGGCGCUUAUAUUGAAAAUGAUAUAUGUUCUCUACUGUGCAAGAAAGGGUAAAUUUGUUUAUGAUCAGCCAUGAGUGCGAGAGCUGGGUGAUGUAUGUACAUGUUCGGGCCACACUAGACCAAGCGGGUUGGGAUCUACCGGUGAUGAACUUUUGUAACUCUAUUUUGCCGCUUAGGUCGGCUAGUGGAAAGACUUGUAAUAUUUUGUAAAAUAUUUUUGGGAUCCCGAAAUAUGUAAUCUUUGAUUGUAAAUUAAAGUUAUUACAAGUUUUAUUUUCA